UGUGUGUGUGUGUGUUCAUUGUCUUGUGUUACUCCAGCAUUCUCUGGCUGUUUUCCCGCACAUGCUCAGAAACACUACACAUGUUCACAAAAGUCAACUUGUAUUGAUUUCAGUGUUGUACUAAUGUCUGACGAUCCAUCGUUUGAGCAGAUUUAAAGGGACAGUUCACCCAAAAAUGAAGAUGACUCACACUCGUGUCAUUCCAAACCUGUGUCUUUCUGCUUGGUUUCACAUGAGACUUUUGGUCACCAGUUCUGGUCCCCAUUGACCUCCAUUGUAUAUUUUGUCUAUAUAAUGGAAGUCAAUGGGGACCAGCAACUGUUUGGUUUCCAACAUUCUGCAAAAUAACUUCCUUUGUGUUCAACACAAGAAAGAAAGUAAAUGAUGACAGAAUUUUCUGUUUUUGGCGAACGGUCCCUUUAACGUCUUUAUAUGAAGGAUCAUUCCCACUAAUGAAGAAGAUUUAAAACAACAGAUUACUUUUCCUCCAUCAGAAUGUGCAGAAUUCUGCUGUGGGAUGAUGGAUAGUCAACACGGAAGAACUGUUAAUAUGGCCUCGAGUGAAGCUGAUAAUUCUCCGUGUGAUGAGGAGCCUCAGCCUGGAGACCUGAUCGAGAUCUUCAGACCGGCUUAUCAGCACUGGGCUCUUUACCUGGGAGACGGGUAUAUCAUCAACCUCACACCUGUCGAUGAGAGUCAAGCCGCAGCUGUGUCCAGUGUGAAGUCCGUGUUCAGCCGGAAGGCCGUGGUCCGCAUGCAGCUCCUGAAGGAGGUCGUGGGAGGAGAUUCAUACCGGAUCAAUAAUAAAUAUGAUGACAGUCACACGCCGCUGGCCGUGUCGGAGAUCAUUGAGCGAGCGCAGCUUCUCAUUGGACAGGAGGUGUCAUAUGACCUGCUGGGAAGCAACUGUGAGCACUUCGUCACUCUCCUGCGCUACGGGGAGGGAGUCUCUGAGCAGGCGUCACGGGCCAUAGGUGCCAUCAGUUUAGUGACGGCCGCAGCGAGUGCUUUCUCAGUGCUGGGACUGAUCAACACACGCUCCAGAAACAGACCCUUCUAGAGCCACUCCAGAUCCAGCUGAGCUUUUCAUUGAGUUUGAAUGUCCUCCGUACUCAGGAUUCUUUGGCUGAAAAGUUGUGUUAAAAUGAAAAUUAACCUUUGCUGUGAUAACUUGACAUAGUAUCCAAAGAAUGGAUAUUAAAACGGUAGUAAACUAGGAUUUCGCCUGUAAAAACAUAUUUUUUACAUUUAAUAUCAAUUAUUUUUAUUUAUAGUUACAAUUUUUCCAAAGUGUAUUUUAUUAAUUUAUUGUUAAAUUUUAGACCAUGUUACUAAGUUGUGUUACAAUGCAAUGCACUUUUGCUGUGACUUUAUCUGGAACUCACGUCAUAAAAUAAAAAUGUAGCUUGCCUGAAUAAAGUAAUUUUGAAAAUUUC